UGUUCCUAUGAGCCCUCUGAUUGCCUGCGAUGUAUGCCCCUGGUCGGCCGCCGGAAAUGAGACAUGUGCACAAAUGUGACCACACGUUACCCCUGGUCGAAUUUCCUUUCUGCCAGCUUGUUCUUUCCCACCCUCGAUUAUUGUACCGUGUGGACACGAUUCCUUAAGUUCUGGCCACUUGCACAUUUUCUGCUUUCUUUGUUCAGCAGAUUCUUCUUGAAAACGAUGCUCACACUUUGGAUUGCAAUCCCACUGAGUUUGAUUACUCUUGUUGCUGCAGGCGCUCGACGUAGACCCCCAGCUGAUAACUCCAACUGCGUCUCGCUUGUCAUCGAAGAGGCACGCUUUAUCAGUGUGAAUGACACCAUUGGCGAAUGGACGUGCAAACAAGGUGAACUUUGCCAGGCGCCCUACGCUGAGAACGCCUACUCUCUCUCGAAGACGAAUUUCGCAUGGGACAAGUAUAACUCGGCUCCAGACCCAUGCGCCGUAGACGGUAUGCCUCUAGUGUCAUAUAAGACAUGCUAAUGCUCCAGGUGCUUGCGCAAUUCACACGAACUACACUCUUGGAGAGCUGUGCUCAAUCUAUGGUUGUUGCUGUCGUGACAUC